UAUAGUUUAUGGUCACGUUGUGCGAGGUGGUGUAGUGUCAUUGUGCGUGCUAGCGGUAGUGAUGUGGAACUUUUCAAUAGAGAAUAAAAUAUGACGGAAAUCAGACCGUUUACGAAUCUUUUAUUUCCUCUGGUCGUCACAAUUAUCUGUAUAAUAACGCAAUGCUUGGCCGCCCUGUCCGACAAACAAUUAUGUUACGACCCAGCUUGUUCGGAACCCAUUUCGUUAGCCAAAACAAUACUUGUUUACACAUCAAAUGAUCAUGAAAUAAUGUCAUUUGGUGUUAAUGUAGAUGUCAAGGUUUUUAGUAAAAGUGCUGGAAAAAGGACAGAUUUAUGGGGUGUCGAGAUAAAUGGCAAACGUGGAUUUGCACCCAAGCAAUUCCUAAAAGAAUAUAAAAUCCUGCAACCUAAAUUGCAACAUGAAGUGCCUGUUUAUAAGUUUAAUGAUGAAGUUCAGCCUGAGAAAUUUGAAUCAACAACAGAAAAAAUCCAUAAAUCACAUCCUUUGUUGAAAAAUAAGUUGCUCCCAAAUAAUGAUGAAGCAGCGCCAAGAUCAGUAAAAUCCACAGAUGAAAACAUUGUACAGGACUCACAAGCGAUUAAUGUAGAUAGCAUAUUCUCUCAUUAUGAAGUGAUAGAUGGUACUACAGUUUAUUUGGAUAAUGAACCAUCUAUACAACCUAAUUUUGUGGCUGAAGUUGCGCAUGCUACUGCAUUGCUAGAUGAACAAGCUUCAACUGAUUCUAAAAUAAAUUCUGAUUAUAAGGAAUCAUCUGAUACGAAUACAUUCUUCAAUAAGAAAUUACAGGCAGACGAAAAUGAUGCUAGUAGUAAACUUAAAGAUAUUGAACUUCUAGAUAUGCAUCAAGAGACAACUACUGAGAUACUGUUAGAGAGUUCAGAAGCAAUAAUCAAUUCAACUUUAGAUACAGAGAGCAAAGAUGACACUCUAAUACUUAAUGGAGGAAGUAAAUCUGAAGAUAAAUCAUCUAAAAAUUUGGAACAUGAAAAAUCAAAUAAAAUUGAGGUGGAUAGUAGUGCUGAAGAAAAUAUAGAAGAUAGUGAUGAGGAAAUAAAGGAAAGUGAAGGUAUAUUUGCCUCUUUUACAAAAACAUUUCAAAUUUUAUCUAGUUCACAAGAUAGUGCAACAACAGAGAGUACUAUUCAAAAUGAUAAUGACAUACCUGUUUCCAAAGUUGAGGAAGAUUUACAAUUAAAACAGGUUUCAGAAGAAGUUGAAAUUAGAGAUACUGUAACUGAGAACCAUGUUUCAACUAUUCAGACAGAAUUGGAUGCAAGCGUAGAUUCAAGUCUUAUAAAUAAAGAAAAGAUAGAAAUACAGCAAGAAAUUAUAUACGAGAAUACUGAGAGUGCAAAAGUUUUGAAUGGCAAGAUGAAGAAAGAAGAAGAAGAAGCAGCAUCUACUAUUCCUUUGGAAAACUCUACAUCUUUUAGUGACGUGCCUUCAUCCAAUAAUUUUGUACAUGAAGAUGCUUCUAAGCCUGCCAAAGAAUUGCCAACUUCAAUUGUAGUGGAUGAUAGUUCUACAACUUCUGUUAAAAAUGAUAUUAAUAGCCUUGACAAAAAUUUUCAAAAGGAAAUAAAUGAGAAAGAACAAGAUAGGUCUAAUCAAGAUAUAGUUGAUUCUGUUGAAGAAAACUCAACAAUCUCAUCUGAUUUGAAAGAAACUGCAAUCACAGAAAGCACUUCUAUUCAAAGCAGUAAUGACAUUGAACAAAAACCAUCAGAAAGUAAAAUACAUCUAGAAAAUACAAAGGAAGAUGUUAGUCACAAAGAAACAAUUGUCCAAGUUACAACUGAUUAUACAUUUUCAGAAACUAUUAACUUAUCACCUAUUAUGGAAACAACUGCUAAGGAAGAUAUAAAAGAACCAUUUUCUGAAAGCCAUACUGUUGCAGAAAAUAUAGACGAGGCAUUAAAUCAUAGUGCUGAUAUUUCAGUUACUGAAGAUUUUAUUGUAGAUAGCAAUGUAAAUAAAAAUGAUAAUUUAAUUAAUGAUGCUAGCUCGGACAAUGUUCCUAUAGAAACUAAUGAAUUUUCUAAUGGUGUAACACCUGGCAUUCUUGAUUCAGAGCAAUCUCUAGAUUCUAGUCAAAAAAACAUUCCAAAUCAAAUAACGAAUUUCAACCAAGUUCUGCAGAAUCAAGAUUUAUCGAAUGUUGGAGAAGAUUUGGAGCAUGAAAAAGAUGAGUUUGUCAGGUCUGUAAAAGAAGAAGAAACCUUACCUGAAUAUGAUGAUUACAUAAACAGUGAAAAUAAGGUUUUGUACGAAGAUGAAGAUAUUAAAGAGAAUAAUAAUUUAGAGAAAUCAGAAUCGAAAUCUAUAUCAGAUGAAAUAGAAGAUAAAGUAUGCUCACUUGAUGAUGAUUGCACCGAGACAACAACUGAGUUUCUGGAGCAAAAAGAAGAGUUGGAAACUGAAGAAGAUAAUUUAAUGGCCAUGAUAAAAUUGGAUCAUAAUUAUUGGAAAACAUUAAUGUUUCUAUGUGUAACAGCCAUUACAGUACUUGUAUUUACUCUUGGAUAUUAUUAUAUUGAGAAUAUAAAAAGAGAUAGAGAACUCAUAGCAAGAAUUAAUACACUUGAGAAAGAGCAGUCCGAUUUAACUUUCUACAUAGAAUCUAUCCAACAAAAGUUACUUUCCACACAAUAUGACUCAUUUCAUUCUGAAGACAUGGCUACAUCGCUAAAAGCUGAUUUAGCAGUGUCACAGAAUGAAAAAACAAGAUUGGAGGAACAGGUGACUGUGUUGGAGAAAGAUUUAGAAAAUGCAACGGAGGCUGGAUUAGAACUCGAGCGUAUGCUAAGAGAAGUUUUAUCGUCCAAUAAUGAAAUUAAUCCGCUAGCUCAAUCCGUGGAGGAUUUACAAGCACGAUUAGACGCUCAACAAACCGCAAACGAAUCCUUAACGAACGCGUUAAAUAUUAAAGCUCAAGAGAUUGAGACUUUAUCAGCAGAUUAUGCCUCUGCUCAGAAGAAAUGUGAGGAAUAUGAAGUAGAAUUUUCGCGAAUUCAAGACGAGCUGACCACUUUGAGAAAUGCUAAGAAUAAUAUAGAAGAAACAUUAACAGAUAAAGUACAUAAUUUAGAAGAACAAUUAGAUGAAUUGUUUAUCGAAAAAUCAUCAUUAUAUAAAGAGGUGAAGGGGAAAGAAAUAGAAGUUAAGGAAUUAAUGGAAAUCAUUGAUCAGAUCAAAUCAAAUAAUUUGGACUUGGAAAAAUUGUACGAUGUAUUUCACAUUAAAAUUGAUGCACUACAACUGCGUGAGGAGAGAGACGAAUUAAAGAUACGAUUAAGUGAUGUUGAAGGUGCUCAUCAGUUAUUAGAAGAACAUAUGAAACUUGUUAAGGAAGAGAUAACUGCAUUAAGUGAUCAAUGUAAAAUAGCUGAAAAAGAGAAGAAAGAAGCAGAAACACGGCUUGAAGUAUUAUCAAGGUUUUUCAAAGAAAAAGAAAUUGAACGCCAAAAGGAAGAAGCUAUGUGGCUACAGAAACAAGGGGAAGUUGUAUCGACGGUCGAAAGGAUACAUACAAUGCAAAAUGAAAUACAAAAUUAUAAGCAACAGAUAGAAAUCUUAAAACGAGAGAUUGUGGAUCAGGAGAGAGAAUAUAAAACUCAGAUAUCUGCUCUGGAAACGAAAGCACAUGAACAAUGGGUUGCUGCCCGUCAAAAUGAGCGCCGUUUGGAAGAAUCGAAAGCAGAGGCUGGUCAAUUACGUAAUCGUCUUACACUAGUAGAGAAAAAUUUAAAUCUAAACGAUGAUCCUGAAGUAAAGCUACAUCGCUUGGAAGCGAACGGGGAAACGGUGACUUCGCCGUCAUUAUUCCUAGGAGCAGAAUCGUCCAGUUCUCCAGUAAUGUUUAGCGGUUCCUCGGGCGUCCCUCCACCGCCGCCGCCUUCCUAUCUGCACUGCUUCCCGCCGUAUCUGCCACCCUUGCCGCCCACCACUUCCGGUCUACCUCCGUACGAUAUCAGUCAGCGUCCUCCGCCUCUCGGCGGUAGAUUAUCGUCACCUCCGCCGAUGCCGCCGCCGCCGUUGCCUCCACAGCUCACUUCCGGUGGCAGGUACGAGAACGCCGGUUCCCCGCCGCCACCGAUGUCUCCGCCGCAUUUACUUCCAGCGUUUAAUCAUCACAGAUCGCCACCGCCUCUUCCAUUCGGUGGCGAUCGCAUCCCACCUCUUCCUCCACCCGGCUUUCCUCCGCCUCAUGGAACGACGCAUCCUUGGGGGGAGGAUUCACUGCUGCCCCCACGCAAUUCUGGUUUUCAUCCCCAUCAACGAGAGCAACGUGCGCGCAAUCACAAAGGUUCCUUACAUUCAUCGGGAGAAUCACUAGAUAAAGCACAUCAUGGAAAAAUUUAAUUUUUGUACCUUGUUAUUCUGAAUACACUUGUACAAAGGCCAAAUCGAAUCACUGUAUCAGUGACAGUCUUAUUGUAUAACAAUUUCAAAUAAAUAUGUAACAAUAGCAUAAUUUUCUGUUAAUAUUAACAAGACAAA